AUGGCCAUCGAGGACCACCCACCAGAACCCACUCGUAUUCCGGCUGAGGAGUGGAAGCAAACAGCAAAUGAGUUCACAUCUUGUGUGUGGGAAUCAAAGUUCCAUAGGUUCCCUGCGAGCCUACGGGAUCUAGGCGAGCGGUACAUAGAGCCGAUGGUGGUGGCAAUCGGCCCUUACCACCACGGCAUUCCCAAGCUCGAGGAGAUGGAGAAGUUGAAGAUGGUGGCUGCACACUGUUUCAUUGAGGACUCGGGUCACUCGCCCGAGGAGAUCUACGGUGCCGUCUCCGCCGUCGCGGGGAUGGCCCGCGGCCUCUACGUCGGCGAUGAGGUGGCAGGUAUGGAUGCUCAUAAGUUCACCACCAUGAUGCUCCUCGAUGCUUGUUUCUUGCUGCAGUACGUGCGUGUAAUGGCGGCCGAUUCACAGCAUACUGUAGAUCCGUCGUUGCAGCGUGCGCUCAUCUGCAACCGAGUUUGCAUCGAGAACGACAUCAUGCUGCUGGAGAACCAGAUCCCUUGGUCCGUAGUGGAUAUACUCAACGGGCUCAGUGGUGCUCCUGCUCCGGUGGACAAGUUCAUCUCUAUCAUGGGAAGCAUGUUCCAGAUCGGGCAACGGGGGAGCGUUGGAAUUGGAUCAUUUUUAACUCUUUUAAGUACUGGUUGCAACCCGCCACAUCUCCUUGCCCUCUUCCGGAUGGAGAAAGUGGGGCCAGUCCAUAGAUCCUAUGUAGAGCUCCCAUCCACCUUGCCGUUCACGAUACGUGCCACCGAUCUCGCCCGGAUGUCCAUCAGGAUCAAGCCCUGCAUGACGCCAUAUUUCUGUGACAUGGGCAUCUGGAUAGCGAAGAUCUUCAGCUAUCUCUUCCUUCCGCCGCUGUUCCUCGACGAAACGAGGGCGUGCUGGCUCGUAAACAUGGCCGCCCUCGAGGUCUGCACAGCCUCCAACGACAGGGAGGAUAUCAGGAAGUUACAUACCGCCGUGUGCUCGUACCUCGCCCUCCUGGCGAUGCUCAUGAACCGGGAGGAGGACGUGGAGGAGCUGCAUAAGAAGCAGAUAUUGCAAGCAAAUCUGACCGACAAGGAGACGCUAGAUUUCUUCAAGAACCUUGUGAAGCGCCUAGACGGCGGCCCGGUCUACAACUCCAUCGUGGCGGAGAUUCAGCAGUACAAGGAGACGACGAGCUGGAUCAAGGUCUACGGCUUCAUCCAAGACAACACAAAAAUCAUCCUCACGAUGCUGCCCAUCAUUGGCUUUCUUGCUGGUAUCUUGAGGACGCUCCUCUCUCUGAACUCACGCCAGCAGUAUAACUAG